AUGUUGAGUACUUAUUUCGAUGAAACACCUUCUCAAUCAUACAGUUUACUUGGUUUCUACAUUCAUCGAUCAAAGGAAUUAGACUUUACAUUUAAUUUUCGUAAGGAAUCUGACAAGUUAAAAAAGGAUCUUGAUCAUAUGAUUGAAGGACAUAGGAAAUACUUCAAGGAUAUUGAUAUAUUUUGGAAAAAAAUAGAAAGAGAACAAAAUGAGUUACAGCUUAAAGCUUCUAGCUACAUUUUAGAUAAUACACACAAAGUUUUUGAAACAGCUAUUGAAAAUAUUCAUUCCUCUAUUGAGAAUGUUAAUGAUAAACUGGUACCCAAAAAACGUGCACAACCAACAAAUAAUGGAAGUUUAGAUGAAAAAUUGUAUUGA